AUGAGGUUUGGCUUUCUCCUGAAGACGAAAGAUGGGGUGGCGGAGUCGCUCCAAGAGCUUAUCCAGAACGAAGCGGAUCCUUUGGGGACCUGCAUCGGCAAGGUGCACUGCGAUGGCGGAGCAGAGUUCAAGGGCAGAUUCCAAGCGCUGUGCCAUCUGUGGGGCGAAGCAUUCCAUACAGCUGUCUACCUCAAGAAUCGCACACCUACGGAGGUUCUGGGCGGAAAGUCCCCACUUGAGGUAUGGCAGGGGAAACCGCUCGGUGACAUGUCGCACAUCCUCGAAUGGGGCUCGAUAGCCUAUAAGCAUGAGGAAGCGCGAUUCCGGAACACCAAGCUGUCAGCUAGGGCCAAGAAGAUGUAUCAUGUGGGGUACAACACUAAAAAUAGGACAUACAGGCUGUGGGAACCGGCGGAGCCCCUCAAGAUCACAAACUCCGCUGAGGUGUCCUUUCGUGAGAAAGAGACUCGCGACGUGGUCAAACGUAAGGAAGGGUACGACUCGUUCUCAGCGAUGACUCCCACCACCAUCUAUCUGCCGGACACGGUGGACACUAGCGAAGAAGAAAACAAAAAAGAAGAAGGAGAAGAAGUAGCAGAAGAAGUAACGCCAACGCCAUCGGGACCCCAAAUGGAAGAUUCGAACUCUCUUCGGUGUUCGUGGGUCUACGGACAUGGUGGAUACAUUACCCGUAGCAUGCACGGUGGCUGCUUCCGGUGCGGAGAGAAGGGUGACCAGUCGGCCGCCUGUACCAAGCCCGAGCCCCUGCGAUGCGAGAAAUGCCUGGGCUACGGACACGACAAGAGCAAGUGCUCGUCCGAGCAGGCGGUGCUCGCGGUGGAGCUGCCGGUCUUGGACGCCACCGCACUGGACGUGGAAGAGGAGGCGCUAGUGGUCCGUGACUUCACAGGCGAGUGGAACAGAGUCGUUGAUCGAGGGGGUGUAGAGCAGGCCAGGCAGGAAAGGUUUGUGGCCGAUACCGGCGCAACCAACCACAUGUUCCCGAGCGCUAACGCGUUCGAAAACUACCAUGAGUGCGAUCGACGUUUGAGUGUCGCCGCAGGGAAGCAAGCCUUCGCCAUAGUAGGCUACGGCGACGUGAGGGUGACCAUCGGUUCUCGCGUUGGGACCACAGACCUGCUGUUGAAACGGGUCGCUCAUGUGCCGGAGCUGAUUUACAACCUCGUGUCCCUCACAGCCCUUUUGAAGCAAACCAAGGGCCGCUUAGCCGCAGACGAGCGUGAGUUGGAGGUGUUCGUUGGUGGGGGGGAGUCGGUGUACUUCCCUCUAUGGGGGGACCUGUUCGUUCAGACUGGUCACCGCAUAGACUCGGGUAGGGAACUAGCCUGUGCCAUAAUUGCUCCUGGUAACGCGAAAGCGAACCGCACCCCCGUUGACAUCAACGACUUCCACUGCGCGCACGGCCACUCCCACGAGGUGCUGCUGAAGAACACGGCGAAGCAGCAAGGGGUGACNCGUUCCGGAACCGUUCCGGAGCACCAGCAACGUUCUACAGUAUCUCAGUGCCAGUCCUCGGACCAUUGCGACUUCUUACACUCCACAAACUCUCGGGAUGAUUACCUGAACUAA